UCAAUUUUUUAUAACUUAUUGAGGUGGAGGUUUGUCAUAUUUCAAUUCAAACUUCAGUUACCUCAAGAACAUGCAAUUUAAUACCUCAUUGUAAGUCAAUUUUGCAUUGCUUUGUAUCUUUCAACAAACUUGAUCUCUUUUAUGCAUGAAAAAAUGUAUACGAAAUAAAGGUUGUUUUUGUACCUGCAUGCAUUGUUGUUAAUUAAUGGCUAUAUGGUAGGAGGGACAUUUUUUUUCUUUCCGGACAUUUGGGCAUGGGAAAACCAAGACAACAUGGUUUUCUUGUUCAGCUGAAGAGUAAAUAUGGAGUGAAUAAUUUUGGAGGAUAAUUAAAUGCAUCUUUAAUAACAAAACAUGAUUAAUUCUAGGCUCUAAUAUUACUAAAGAGGAUUGAUAAAUUUGGUAGUCGUACCUGGAUGGUUCUAUCUUUACCCAGUUAAGAUGACUGUAUUAUCAACAUAAACCAGUGUGUGAUAUGCAGGACAUCUUUGGACCUCGAUCCAUAGCUCUAAAAAAACCUCACGGUUACACGCUGCAUUCGAUCUCGGCCAUCGACUUGAGAUCGUCGGUUCACAUUACACCUUCACUAAAUUAAAUCUCAACUGUUUGAUUCUAGAUUGGAUGGCUGAAAUCAACAACAGCGGCACACAGUAACUGUGUGUAAUCUAAAUCCGAUAUCUUUUAUCUUUUCAUGGAAAGGAAUUGGUUUAAAGUGCAUUAAUCAUUAGUUUGGUUUACUGCACUGGUUGAUUUCAUAUAAUUUUUUGUGAGUAGUGAUGUUCAGUAAGAAAAUUUGAUGUCCGCGGUAGGGAAUAAAAGAAAAAUUAUGGAAGGAAGAAAAGAUAAUUAGUGGGGGAUUUUGAAUGUUUAUUAUUGUUUUUAAUGUGGAGAGUCCCAGGUGAAUGGUAAUGUGUGAGUGUUUUUUAACAGAGGACAAGCGGGGGUUUAUGUCAAUUGGAAAAUUAAGGGAGGUGAGUGUUGAGUUUAAAACUGGAGGGAGUUGUAUGCGAUAUUUAAUGAAACCUCAAAGGGAUGUGAAUGUAAUUUCCCUAUAUUUUAAGUAUAUGCAAAUCAGCUACUUGAGGGGAUCAUUUAAUCAAUCACAUUUGAGGCCAAUAUUUUUUAGGCCCUGUCAAACAUUAGUAUUAGCCUAAAAGUCUAGGGUGUGAUGUUAAUUGCUCAAUGGGAUUUAAAUUUGCUUCAACAAAGAUGAUUAGUGUGUCUUUCACAAAGGGAAAUAUAUUUAGUGAAGGGAAUGAUUUGAUUACUUGUGACAUGGAAAAAAUUGAGAAAGGAUUGACCAUCUCUUGUUCAGAAGUUGCAAACCUUUUUAACAGACAAAUCUAAAAUUACAUGCUAGUCAGCAUCGACAAGUUAUGGUCAAUUUAUUUGGAUAUUUUCAAUGUUUUAAAAACUAGGUCAGUUCGACAAUUGGAUUAAUUCUAGUUAUACCUUAGUCUGGUUGAACCGGAAUGAGCUAGUUGAACCGCAGCGGGUUCAACUAUUCUUACAACUUUUUUUUUUUUAUUUACUUUUUAAAUAUUUAUUUAUUUGUCAUCUGGUUCAACCAUGGUUGAACCGCUUGAACCAUGACCCAAAGAUCUCACCAGUUCGAUUUCCGAUCCAAUUUUUUAAACACUGUAUAUUGAAUUGGUCAAUGGUUUCUUUGAUGUUCCAUUUUAUUCAAUUUGAGAAGUUAGAAUGUCAAUCGUCCUAAAAUGGCCAAAAGUCAAGCAGAGCAAAUCUUUGUCCUGUUAUUGUCAAAUCAUUAAUUUAAUGUGACACGUAAGUGAUGCUUAUCUAUUUUAUUGUUGUACUUUUCUUUGUUAUACGUUACUAUUAUGGACUUGUAUUUAACUUUGGCAAGUUGGUUGGAAUCAACCCUCAUCUUUUCCUGCUAUGGUCUUCAUUAUUGGUCAUAUUUACUUUGCUUCCUAUCUUGCUGUAAGUCUCUGUCAAAAUUUAAUGGAAGAGACUUCACUGCUUCACCUAGAUGGAUGGUGAGUCUCCAAAUCAUUACUACCCUAUCUGCUUUGCCAACUAUUUUAAAAGGCAGUGUCUGUUGCAGGAACUUGAAUAUGUCUGUACUGUAUUCACGUGACAUUAGGAAGUUCUUGGCUAAAUCAUUUUUUUUUUUGUUGCAAAAUCUGAAUCUGUUUACUUAGUUAUAUGAUUAAUGUUGUUAAAUAAUGGCUAUAGCGGCAAGGGAGAUACCUAUAUUUACGAAUAACAUCUCUUAAACUAUAAUUAGCUAAAAUGGAAAAACAUGUGAAAGCCAAAGUUAAAUUAAAAACUUAUUUAAAUCUACAUAAAAUAUGAAGGGUCCAUGACAUGACAAUGACAUUGAUUCAAUAUUUGAAAUUGGUUCCCCCUGUUUCAGAGAGAAUAAGCAUCAUCAUCUCCGAUGGCACUGAUCAUCAUGGUUGAAGUUGAAGCAUCACUCAGACUCAGACCCAGUUAUGGGUGGUGAGGGUAGAGUUGAAGUUGUGAGUGGCAAAGGGUGCUCGAGGCUGUUUUCGUCUUCAAUCAGAAAUCUUCAACCAUUGGACCAAAUGUCUCCUGUUUCAUCCUCUCCGCAAUUGCCAUCAAAUGCUCCUUUUGCUGGUCUUGUUAUAUGUGUUACUGGUUUAUCCAAAGAAGCAAGGAAUCAGGUCAUGGAGGCUACAGAGAGAUUAGGUGGCCAGUAUAGCCCCAAUCUGCAUCCUCAAUGUACUCAUUUGGUGGUUCAGAGUUUUGGUGGACGCAAAUUUGAGCAUGCGCUGAAGCAUGGAACAAAAAAUGGUCUCUUUGUUGUCACACUGGGUUGGUUUGUGGAUAGUGUCAGGAAAAAUGUAAGGUUGACCGAAUCACUUUAUAGUUUGAAGAGUUAUGGGGAUAACGAUAUGAAGUUGGAUGAUUUUAGACUGCUUCCCGGGUACACAAAUGCUGGAAAUUGUCUUCCUGCAAGAAUCCAUGAAAUCAAGCAUACUCAUCAUGCUGAAGAAUUUCGAAGAUUCUCUGGUGCAGAGUCUAACAGAAGUUUGGACUCAAGUUUGUCUGGUUGCUCCAUCUACGUUGAUCCAGGCAUUUCAUCCGAAUUGCAGAACAAGGUUGCUGAAACUGCAUCCAGAGAAGGUGCUAGUUUGGCAGACCAAUGGUUUGUUGGCUGUAAUGUUAGUCAUGUAGUCACUGAAGGGACAUCCAUUCAAAGAUAUCUUGGAUACUCUAGUAACCUCAUUACACCAGUGUGGAUUCUCAAAACAGCUAAGGAGAAACAAGUACAAAGGCUUGUUAGCAUGUCUGUUGAUUUGGCAAGACAAGUUGGCCUGAUGCUUGAUGACAUUUCAGGAAAGGAAAUAGUAAAGCAAAAAGUCCAUGAUGAUCUUCAGGGAAGUAAAAGUGAAAUUGGUUGCAAAGAAAGACAACAAAUUGUAAAUUCAGCGAAAAAUGGUGUCAGAAGUCGCCGUGGUCGUCGAAUGCAGACUUGUCAGACUCCGAUCCGUCCGAUUACACCCAAUAACCUUCUGGACUCUAUCUGUUGGUCAAUAUCGGAAGCAACUUCAACUGCUUCCAUUUACACAGACUCUUUCAGUGCUGAAGAUCCUAGUGAAAAUCAUACCUCAAUAUUUUUUUAUGCAAAAGGGGAUGGGAAGGAUUCAGAUGCUUCAUUUUCACACUCCACACGUCCUCUAACAGAAAGUGAGAAGUCCGAGUUGAUAUUUAAAAACCAUUUUCUCACCAUACUCUUCCCUGUGGACCGGUUUUCCGAGAUCGGCGCUUCCACAAGAACGUUGUUCAGCCAUAACGGUUUUACAUGUAUUCAGGUGUUGGAUCAUAUCCAUGCAUUUUAUCAGGAGAACAUGUCAAGCCUUGAAAUAGAUGUGGCGAUUCAUACAGAUUCAAGACAUGCGGACAGGCUUCGAUCAGUUUACUCAAGUAAGGAAACAGCGGAGCGUGGGUAUGUGAUGUUGAAACGAAUUGAAUUUUUGGGUAGUCGUACGAGUUUUGAAAUGUUGAAGCGCGUGAGUGGAGACAACAACUCCAAUGUGUAUGAGUUAUUACUUAGGGCAUAAGGUAAAUUAGAAGCUGAAAGUUACAAUAGCUAGUUACUGCUAGCAUCUGUAUUUUACAAGAAUUGUAUCUGUUACAUUAAGAUGCGUUGGUGGAAUAUGUCACUUGAGUAGGGUGUGCCCAAAAUGGGGACUGUGAAUACAAGAAAUGGGGAAUUGGCUAUAUGGAAAAAGAUAACUUACACUCAAAAGGUUAUCUAUAAAAAGAUAAGGGAAAUGUUAACUGGUGGCACUCUUUAAGAACCAUUAAUAGCAAGUUUUCUAAAUUUGUGAUCCUUAAAGGAUUUAUUACAUUUGUAACAUCCUUCUUGGGGGCACUCGUUAACAAGACCCGAUAAAAUAACUACACACCCCAAGUCUUGAAAAGGAUUUAAUUUUUACUUUUCAACAAUAUUUAUUUAUUUGAAAUGCUAAGAUUAACGAAAAUUUUGUAAGAGUACGAGUUGCGAACCACUUGAA